GAUAUCACCUAGUUUGUCCGGCUUGUCAACAAUUACGUUGCCGAGGCCACGACCCUUGAGCAGAGAUACAUAAUUCAACCAUGGUAUGAUCUAGUGAGCUCCCUCAGCUCGCACACGGGCGCUCAGAUGUCCGGCCACGGAAGAAAAACAAAGUCGCCAAGUGGGUGCAGGUGGUUGCCGGUGCUGUCGUAGAUUCCUGGCUGCUCGUCAGUUCCGCCAACCACGCGCCCGGAACCGUCGUUCCUGCACAAGGAGCGGGCUCGUCAAAGCACCCUCACUGUGAGCACGAUGUGCCGGCGGCCAAGCCCGCGCCCUCAGACGGUGUUGUCCACGAGUGCGUCACUGGAGAGGACUGGGUGCCCUAUGAGCCCAGUCGCAGAGAUCAGUUCCCAAGCCAUGCUCGGACGGCGUUCUGUCUUCCUGUCGAAGAUGCCGAGGCACUGUACCUCUUCAGUCGGGGUUCACAGCAAGCGGGAACCGUUCAAGUUGUGAACUCAGACAAACCAGGCAGCUCAGCGGAGGUGAUCGUGACCGUCGGGUACUACACCCAGUUCGCGCUUGAUCAUGCGACUGUCUGCCAUCUAGAGAGGGCGCAAAAUGAGCGUGGCAUCGGCAUCCUGACGCCGAAAUGGUGGCCCAGUCAGCAGGACAAACACAACAUGUUGCAAUUCCAUGUGAAGGUCAUCCUUCCAACGAGCAAGGAUAACGAUGUGUUGCAGGUGAAAAGAUUUGAGACAGACAUGCCUCUCUACGUGCACACAUUCGGCGACCUCGCUGAAUUCGCAGCCUUCCGCCACAUGUCCCUCAAAACAGCUUACGCUCCAAUUACCGUCGAGUCCAUCUAUGUUGAUGAGGGCUACAUGCAGACUUCCAAUGCGUCAAUCAAUGGAGUUUUUGGCGCCUCGAAUUCCCUUAAACUUCGCUCUGCAAAUGGACCUAUCACCGCUGUUGUUGACCUCCUGAAUCAAGGGUCUGAACCAACCAUUCUUGACAUCGAGACAAGCAACAGCCCCAUCAACUGUGCCGUAUCAUUAGCUGCCUCCGACAAUGGCCCAGGUGCUGGCGGGACGUUUGACGUUCGGACGAUCACCAGCAAUUCGCCUCUCAAACUCAGCUUCAAGUCCUCACCAACAGGAGCCAAGCUGCAGACGAUAGCGCGGACGUCCAAUUCUCGGGCAACCAUCGCCAUGCACCCCGAGUUUGAAGGCUCGUUCCAGGCUGAAACAUCGCGCUUUGGGCAAACUGAUUUGGAGAUGUUGAAUUUGGCGGAUCCAAUUGGCAAAGGCAGAAAGAGAAUAUUUCAAGACGUACGGAAAGAAAAAGGGUCCGCCCGUGGUUCCGUCUUCUGGCAACGCGAAACGGUCGAUGAUUAUGAUGUCAGACGACGAGGUGGAGUGGAGGUCAAGACGUCCAACGGGCCGAUCAGCACACCCAACAACCAAGAAGCCAAGCGAGAAAGAAUGAGCUACAUCAACGCAUACAGGCCUCCCUCAGACACCAUACCCGAAAAGGAGCUAUACGGUCCAUCACCAUAUGACCUCAACUUCGUGGUCCCAGUCCCGGACGUGCUCUCGACCGGCAAGGUCAAGCUUGUCCCGUUCGUGCCUCGCAAACAUGCUGCACGGUUCAUGUCACGCGUCGAGGGCCACGCUGACUUCUUCAAGUACAUGCCUCUCAACCUCGAGACGCUGCACGACUGGCUCUUCUUCGUCGAGAAAAUCAUGCGCCGUGACGAGGGCAACAUCCUCUUUGCCGUGUUCGACACGAGCGGGCUCCGCCCCGAGCUCGUUGAGCAGGAUAAAGAUCUUGGCGUCCCCGGCGGCGCACUGGCAGGCGCUAUCGGGCUCGCGUACACGGAUCCGCACAAUCUGACGUCCGAGAUCGGGCCCGUGAUCGUGCUCCCGCAGUUCAGGCGGACGCACGUCAGCUCUCACGAGGUUGGUGCCAUCUUGCGCUGGGGGCUGGAGCGGUCGUCGGUGUCAGACGACCCUACGGAGGGAGGGCUGGAGCUGCGGCGCAUCGCAUGGCAGGCGGGGCCAGAAAACGCUGCGUCCAAUGGGCUCGCGAAGAAAAUGGGGUUCAAGUUUGAGGGCAUUGGAAAGUGGGCAUGGGUGAUACCAACGCCGAAACCAGGUUUCAAGAAAAUAGGGAAGAGGGCGAGGGAGGGCGACUCGAGGAUGGGAAGGGAUACGAUGCGUUGGGCAGUGUGCUGGGAUGAUUGGGAGGACGGCGGUAGGAAGUUGCUGGACGAGUUGCUGAGCAAAUAGGUUGUGGUCUGGAUACCUUAUGCUCAUACCACAUACCGCAAAAGAUAGCGUUUUGCUGCUCAUGCUGAACGGGUGGACGGGAACUGGAGCAGAUAAGCACUUUGCAGGGAAGACUGGACAGCGAAGACAUGACACGCCUAACGAGAGUUGCUCCCCUUCUUCAGCAGAAGCAUUUGAUGACCACUCUGCUUCUCCUGAGUACCGUCUUUUGGUGCAGCGUACGAGUCCGGUAUGAACGUCUCGCUCUCGAUAGUGAGCCCAGCCUCUCCUACCCACUCGCGGAACUUGUCAAUGUGUGGAUGUGACCAGCGCAUUUUGACGUGCUCAGGCGCAUCAAGCCAACCAGCCUUCUCUGCGAAAGGAAGCUCUUCCUUCCCAACCACUAGGAGAGCCACCCCAUCAUCGCGCAACCACCUUCGUACGGCGCGAAGAGCUUUCGGCUGCUCGUCGAUGGGUAAGUGAAUGAACGUCCAGAGUGAGAUGAUCCCGUGGUAUGCACCGUCAGACGGUAUCCACUCUAGAGCUGACGAUGCUCUGGAGCUCGAUGACUCAGAGGCAUUGGCGAGGUCGCAGAUGUCUGCUUGGUGGAAUGAAGCUCUUGGAUCACUGACGAUGGAUUGUGCUCGUUCAACUUGCUUUCCGCUAAUGUCGACACCGGUAACAUUAUGCCCUUUCUCGACGAGGUCCUGGCAAACAGGGAUUCCGCAUCCGCAUCCCAGAUCGAGGAAGCUUAGAUUUUGAACGUCAGGUAGUAGGAUAAACAGUCGGCCAAGCAAAUGAUCAUAGCGUCGUCGGACAUCUGGUGUGGCCUCAUCCCCUCUGUAGAGUUCGGAGAGUUCGUCGUAACCUCUGCGGACGAUAUCUUGCUGGGUUGCGUCCUUGGUCAUCGUGGUUGAG